AUAAAUUCAUCGGUUUAUCUCAAUACCCUAAUACAAAGAAAGCCAUGGCCACCAUCGUAACCGUUGAACAUGCUCAUCCUGGUGUCGAUGCUGAGCUUCUAAAUAAGGCCUGCCAUGGAUGGGGAACCGAUGAAAAAGCUGUAAUAGCGAUUCUGGCACAUCGAAAUGCUACUCAAAGGAAACUGAUAAGGGAGGCUUACCAAGACAUGUAUGAUGAGGAUCUUGUGAACAGAUUUGAACAUGAGCUAUCUGGUGAUCUUGAGAGAGCAGUGUACCGAUGGAAUUUGGACCCUGCAGAUCGGAAUGCAGUGCUAGCAAGUGUAGCUAUACAUAAGGAGCACCAUGACUAUAGAGUGAUCAUUGAAGUAUCAUGCACUCUUUCUCCGGAAGAGCUUGCUGAUGUCAAGCAUGCUUAUCACUGCCGCUACAAGCGCUCUUUGGAAGAAGACAUUGCUUCGCAUACUUCUGACGAUCUCCGAAAGUUACUUGUAGGUUUGGUGAGCAUACAUAGGUACCAAGGUGAUGAAGUGAACUUAAAAUUGGCAAAGUCUGAGUCGAGCAUUCUUCGUAAUGCCAUUGAAGAGAAAACAUUUAACCAUGAAGAAAUCCUCCGAAUUAUCACUACAAGGAGCAAACCGCAACUCAUGGCUACUUUGAAUCACUACAAAGAUGAACAUGGUUGCAAUAUGACCAAGCACUUGAAGGAUGAUCGGGACAAUGAGUACACAGAAACACUACGUACCACGAUUAGAUGUAUGAGUGACCCGAUUAAGUACUUUGAAAAGGUGAUCCGUAAUACAAUUAAAAAUAGUGGGACUAACGAGGAUGCACUAACUCGGGUUAUCGUUACAAGAGCUGAGAAAGAUCUAGAGAUUAUCAUGGAGCAAUAUUACAAAAGGAACAGUGUGCCACUUGAUCAAGCCAUCGCAAAGGAAACUUCGGGUCAUUACAAGAAGUUCCUUCUUGCACUACUUGGGAAGGAUGAUUAGUUCACAACAUUGGUGUCUCGAGUUUGAGUUUUCAAAUUAAAGUUUAUGAGGUUAUUGUUCUUGGUUCAAAAUUUGAUGUUAUUUAUUUCUCAGUGUGUUUUGUAUGUGCUUUUCUUGUCUGUGAACAAAGCAAGUGAUUGUGUGAUGUAUGGUUAAUCAUGUACUAUCUUAUUAAGAGAACUUUUGGUGAUAUGUUUCAAGGAGUGACUAAUUCUAAGCUACCCGGCGUGCUUAAUUAAACUCGAUUUGGGAUUAACAACCAUCGGCAUGCAUUUGUUUUCGGUUGUGGUGUUCGAUAGGG